AUGGCACUGGGCACCGGGAGCGACGGAAACGGAGGAGCCAGAGGAGCAGCGAGGCUAGGAGGAAUGCGGGAAAUGUCUAUGAAUAGAGGUGGAAAGGUACGAGACGGGUUGAGCUGUCUAGAUGUGACCGGGAAUGAAGAGGAGGCGGACAAGGAGGACCAACCGCAGUGCAGAAUCUGCCUGGAGAGUGAUGGUCGGGACCUCAUCGCCCCAUGCAGGUGCAAGGGCUCGGCGCGGUUCGUGCACCGGCACUGCCUGGACCAAUGGCGGGCCACCAAGGAGGGAUUCGCCUUCUGCCACUGCUCCACGUGCAAGGCUCGCUUCCAGCUGCGCGUGUGCCUGCCGCCCGACCUGAGAUGCCGCCAUCUCAAAUUCAGAUUUUUUGUUGCGAAGGAUAUUGUGCUCGUAACGCUGCUGGUGCAGAUGGAGGGAUUCGCCUUCUGCCACUGCUCCACGUGCAAGGCUCGCUUCCAGCUGCACGUGUGCCUGCCACCCGACCUGAGAUGCCGCCAUCUCAAAUUCAGAUUCUUUGUCGCGAGGGAUAUUGUGCUCGUAACGCUGCUGGUGCAGAUGGUGAGUUUUUCCUCUGUGCCUCUUUCGAAGCGCCUCCCUCAAAGGGCACUCUCUUGCACCACCCCUUGGCCUGUCCCGUACCAAGAUGAAGUGUCCCCCCUUUUCUACCCUUCUCCCCUCCUCUAUUUCCUUCGAAAUCACCAGCUGAUAAUCUGCUUCGGCUACACUGCCUACGUGGCGGAUUACUAUUGGUUCGACAUGGGGUUUCAGAAAACAUGGGCCAGUCAAAGCCCUGCAACCUUCUACUACAUCUGCGGCGUGCUCUUCUUCCUCGUAUCCGCGGGUCUGCUCGGUGCCAUCAUGACGUGUGUUGAUCGGCGCUUUCGCAGCGACCUUGCAGCUCCCUGCAGGGACCUGGGCGCGUGCUGCUGCGACCCCCUCGUGUGUGGCAGCUGUGACUGCCACGUGGCACCCAUCUGUCUCUACUCAGACUGCUCCGGCUGCUCUUUCUGCUUCUCCGGCUGUAGCGACUGUGCCGCUGCCAUAGGAGGAUGCUCUGGGGAGGCAGGGCUUUUUAUCCUGCUGACAGUUGGCGCGAUCCUAUUGGUUGUGCUAGCUCUGGUGGGGGUGCUUUACUGCUUGCUGGUCUCGACCCUGGUGGUACAGCGGAUAUGGCAGCGGCACUAUCACGUCCUCGCUAAGAGGAUCCUCACUAAGGAAUUUAUUGUGGAGGAUUUGUCUGGAAUGUCUCUCCCUCCUGAUUGGUCGCCACCGCCACUGCUGCCCGAGCACGAAAAGCAGCUUAGGGAUUUGAGGCUACUCUGA